AUGCAUUCUAAGGUCGUAAUUAUCGGUUCUGGCCCUGCUGGGCACACCGCUGCGCUUUAUUUAUCAAGAGCCACUCUAGAACCUGUCAUGUUUGAAGGUUUCCUUGCUAAUGGAUUCGCCGCAGGUGGUCAACUCACGACAACCACCGAGGUUGAGAAUUACCCUGGAUUUCCUGAAGGGAUAAAGGGUGUAGAAAUUAUGGAAAAAUUCCGUCAACAAAGUUUAAGGUUUGGAACGAAUAUUAUCACAGAGACAAUUUCUAAAGUUGAUCUUUCUGCGCGUCCUUUCAAACUAUGGCGUGAAGGUAAGGAAGCUAAAGAUCCAGAUACUGCAGAUUCCAUUAUUAUUGCUACCGGAGCAGCCGCCAAGAGAUUAAACCUUCCCGGAGAAGAGACUUAUUGGCAAUUGGGAAUUUCGGCAUGUGCUGUCUGCGAUGGUGCUGUCCCUAUCUUCCGCAAUAAACCACUUGCUGUAGUCGGAGGUGGUGAUUCAGCUGCCGAGGAGGCUUUAUUUCUCACAAAAUACGGAUCCCAUGUAUUCGUGUUAGUCCGUAGAGAUAAGCUUCGUGCGUCGAAGGUUAUGGCUAAACGUUUACUUUCUAAUUCAAAGGUUACCGUCCUUUGGAAUACUGUUCCUGUUGAAUGCAAAGGGAAUGGAAAACUUUUAAAUUCAAUAGUUACCAGGAACACUAAGACAGAUGAGAUCGGUGAAUUAGCUGUCAAUGGUCUUUUCUAUGCAAUCGGUCAUGCGCCGGCUACAGAAUUAGUCAAGGGUCAAAUAGACUUGGACGAAGAUGGUUAUGUUAUUACGAAACCGGAUACCACUUAUACAAACAUCGAAGGUGUAUUUGCUGCCGGUGAUGUGAAAGAUAAAAAAUAUCGGCAAGCUAUCACAAGUGCUGGCUCUGGGUGCAUGGCCGCCUUAGAGUGUGAACGUUGGUUGAGUGAAAAGUUUGAUGAAUAA